AAGCAAAAGACAAUAGUGUUUCUCUCUUUCUCUUCAUCCUCCCAUUAUUCCUCCCCCUUAUCUCUCCUGUCCUGUGCUCUCUCUCUCUCUCUCUUUACUGAGUUAAAACUUGUCGCCAUAUAUAGUCUCUCCCCUACUGACGCCGACGAUGAAUCUCGCCGGAGCGUUUUCCGGCGCCGGGGGGCAUGUUUCUGAGCAAUUGGUGCUGAUAUGGCGUCAGAUUAAAGCCUUGAAAGUGCCAGUGGUGGCUCCAAUUCUUAACGUUGCUGUGUAUGUGUGCAUGUCGAUGACGCUUUUGCUGUUCGUGGAGUGGGUUUAUAUGGGGGUGGUGAUAGGCGUGGUGAAGAUGUUUAGCAGGACGCCGGAGAAGCGGUUCAAAUGGGAGCCAUUGGAGGAGGAUGCGGAGCUCGGGAAUGGUUCUUUCCCCAUGGUUCUUGUUCAAAUCCCCAUGUAUAAUGAGAGAGAGGUGUAUAAGCUUUCAAUUGGAGCAGUAUGUGGACUUUCUUGGCCUUCCGACCGAAUCAUAGUCCAAGUUCUUGAUGAUUCAACAGAUCCCACUAUUAAGGAAAUGGUGGAAAUGGAGUGCCAAAAAUGGGCAAGCAAUGGAAUAGACAUAAAGUAUGAGAUUAGAGGCAACAGAAAUGGGUACAAGGCAGGGGCAUUGAGUGAAGGGAUGAAGCGUUCUUAUGUGAGGGAAUGUGAUUAUGUUGUCGUCUUCGAUGCCGAUUUUCAACCCGAACCUGAUUUCCUCCACCGCACCAUUCCUUUUUUAGUCCAUAACCCCGACCUCGCCCUUGUCCAGGCUCGUUGGAAAUUCGUGAAUGUUGAUGAAUGCUUGAUGACAAGAAUGCAACAAAUGUCUUUGGAUUUCCAUUUCGCAGUAGAGCAAGAAGUUGGGUCUUGGGCCUAUGCCUUUUUCUCCUUCAAUGGGACUGCAGGUGUUUGGAGAAUUUCUGCAAUUGAUGAGGCUGGUGGAUGGAAUCAUCGGACAACCGUUGAGGAUAUGGACUUGGCUGUUCGAGCUAGUCUCAAGGGCUGGAAAUUUUUAUACCUUGAUUCUCUAAGGGUGAAAAGUGAAUUACCUAGUACAUUUAAGGCACUGCGGUAUCAACAACACAGAUGGUCAUGUGGCCCUGCAAAUCUGUUUAGAAAAGUGUUUAUGGAGAUAGUGAGAAACAAGAACGUAAAUUUGUUGAAGAAGAUUAACAUAGUAUACAGCUUCUUCUUUGUUAGAAAGGUGAUAUGCCAUGUUGGAACUUUCGUGUUUUACUGUGUAGUGUUGCCUACAACUUGUCUGGUCCCGGAGGUUGAUGUUCCAAAAUGGGGAGCUAUUUAUAUUCCUUUCAUCGUCACCCUUAUCAAUAGUGUUGGAACUCCAAGGUCAUUUCACUUGUUGUCGUUUUGGAUCCUCUUUGAGAACGUUAUGGCCACACACCGUGCUAAAGGUACCUUUAUCGGGUUGUUGGAGGUAGGCAGAGUGAAUGAAUGGGUUGUCACUGAGAAAUUAGGAGAAGCUCCAAAGUUGAAAUCAACAAAGGAAACUUAUAGAAAACCUCGUUCCAAGAUUGUAGAAAGAAUGUACAUUUUAGAGAUAGUUAUUGGUGCAUAUCUCUUAUUUUGUGGAAGCUAUGAUCUCUUCCUUGGGAAAAGACAAUAUUGUUGGUACAUCAUACUUCAAUCGAUUGCUUUCUUUAUAGCCGGAUUCGGAUACAUUGGCACAUACCUACCUACAUCCUAGCAACAACACAUUACAAGAAGAAUUCAAGUAGACAUGAUUUCUAACAAAUUUAUACGUUUUGUAUUCACUACCGAAGUAAAAUAGAUUC